CCUUGGCACAUUGUGAGGGAGAACCCCAGCAUCAUUAUGACCCACCCACUCGCCUUCAAGAAACUCUGAGUCAGGUAGGUGGGCUGCUAGACCUUGGGCACAGUGGGCUGGGGGCCUAAGGGCCCUGGUGGCCCUAGAAACCACCAUGGCCAUGGCUGAGCAUCCACAUCCUGAGUGGGCCUUGUAUCACAGCCCCACUACCACCACCACCAACUGCCAGGAUGUGGGCAACUCCAUCUUACUGCUGUUGGGCCUCAUCAUCUGCAUUAAUAUUGGCAUCAAUGUGGUGACCCUGCUCUGGAGCCGACUCCGUGUCAUCUUACGCCAAAUGUUCCAUAUCAUUUGUGAGAAAGAAACUGCUAAGUCAUCUUCACCUGAGAAGCCAACCCAGCCAAAGAAGCACAGCUCCCCUGCAGUCCAUCUUCGAUGCACCAUGGACCCUGUGAAAAUGACCGUGACCCCCCCACCCACCCGUCGCCGACGCCGUCGAGCCUCUCCAUUGUGCCGUGCCCAUGGUCCAGCAGCUUGGACCCCUGAUACUGACGAUGAAAGGUCCCCAUAUCAGAACCCAAUAAUCUGUUGGGAAGGCUUUCAACCCACCCCAGAGACCUGGGAUUCCUGGACUCAGGACACUCCAGAGCUACCUCCCCAUACUAUCCGCUUCCAGCCAGUUAUAGAGAGAAAGCCACUCAAAACAGAGAUCAGGUCAGAGCAGAGCCUAGAGGCCUAUGUGUAUCCAGUGAACCCCUCACCUCCCUGUGAGGAGGCUGUGAACCACAAGAACACUAGGGCGGGGGCAGAGGCUGAGGUGGCACAGUGUCAGCCUGACCCACCACCCUUCCUGGGCCCAGCGGUCAUCCCUGAAAUCCCCAGGCAGCGCUCCUCAGGCCGAAUAGUGUAUGAUGCCAGAGAUGUGAGGCGGCGGCUUCGGGAACUGACCCGGGAGGUAGAGGCCUUGUCCCACUGUUACCCCUUUGUGUCUAGAUCCAGCGCUGCUGAGGGGACUGGCAAAAACUGGGUAUAUCGUUCUGUAGCAGGGAGGUAACA